CAUCCGCUUAACAUCGAUUGUCGUUUUUCUUUGCGCUCCUUGCUUCCUACCGGUCUGUGCUGUAGUUACGUGCAUGUGCACAGCUGGCAUAUGUUAUUCACGUCCUUAUGCAACAACAUAAGGAGAAUCAAGACGAUUUUCAAUGGUGAAAUUCAUAGCUAGACAUUUACAUGCACUCCUCCAUUCAACGACAGCUUACGGUUGUAUUGUGAACCGUUUUGAUUUCGGAUACCGCUAGCCAGGUUAAAUCUAGUUCCUUUUUGUACUUAUGAAGAUGAAGAAAAAUGUGCAGUUUCACUGAAAACUAAUCGGGUCGCAAGCUCGUAAUAGCGAUACAUGUAACGCUUUUCAUCAACUUACAAAGUUUCUGGUCAAACUCGUAGACUUAGCCUACAUUAUUACGUAGCGAGAAGAUACAUGCCACAGUAAAUCACACGUGUUUAGUGGUGGGUGCCAGCAUCUCGGUCCGUUUCCCCAUCUCAUUCUCUUUCCCAUGUGUGGAUAGCUAGCUGGUUGUCGAGACUAGCGGAGUGCCAACGCCUAUUCCUGCCUUUGCCUGGAUGAAACUUAUCGCAAAAGCAGCCGAACGUUAUCUAGUUCAGCCUAACAACUUAAGAGCGGUAGCUGCCUUUCGACACGCAUCUUUAAGAAGCCACAAGUAAGUGAUUCAAAAUGGGAUGCACUAUCAGCCAAGAAGAUAAAGCGGCUAUGGAAAGGAGUAAAAUGAUUGAUCGGAACCUCAGAGAAGAUGGAGACAAGGCGUCCAGGGAAGUGAAAUUACUGCUACUUGGUGCUGGGGAAUCUGGGAAAAGCACCAUCGUGAAGCAGAUGAAGAUCAUUCAUGAGGACGGAUACUCGGAGGAGGAGUGUAAACAGUACCGAGUGGUGGUCUACAGCAACACCAUCCAGUCCAUCAUCGCCAUCAUCAGAGCCAUGGGUCGUCUGAAGGUCGACUUCAAGGAACCAUCCCGAGCGGACGAUGCUCGCCAGCUGUUUGUGUUGGCCGGUACGACGGAGGAGGGUGUGAUUUCACCGGAACUGACCGGGGUGAUCCGGAGGCUGUGGACAGACGACGGGGUCCAGAGCUGCUUUCUGCGCUCUCGGGAAUACCAGCUUAACGACUCCGCAUCCUAUUAUCUGAAUGACCUGGACCGUAUCGCCCAGCCCAGUUAUGUCCCCACCCAGCAGGACGUGCUGAGGACCAGGGUCAAGACCACUGGCAUUGUAGAGACACACUUCACCUUCAAAGAGCUCUACUUCAAGAUGUUUGACGUGGGUGGCCAGCGCUCUGAGAGGAAGAAGUGGAUCCACUGCUUUGAGGGAGUCACGUCCAUCAUCUUCUGUGUGGCGCUGAGUGACUAUGACCUUGUGUUAGCAGAGGACGAAGAGAUGAACCGGAUGCACGAGAGCAUGAAGCUGUUCGACUCAAUCUGCAACAACAAGUGGUUCACGGACACCUCCAUCAUCCUGUUCCUCAACAAGAAGGAUCUGUUUGAGGAGAAGAUCAGCAGGAGUCCACUCACCAUCUGCUACCCUGAGUACCCAGGUGCCAGUACAUACGAGGAGGCAGCGGCCUACAUCCAGUGUCAGUUUGAAGACCUGAACAGGAGGAAGGACACCAAGGAGAUCUACACCCACUUCACCUGCGCCACCGACACCAAGAACGUCCAGUUCGUGUUUGACGCCGUCACAGACGUCAUCAUCAAGAUCAACCUGAAGGAGUGUGGACUCUACUGAGGGGGUCAGGCAGCUUCAGGCGUCGGGUGGGUCGCGUCUCACGUAGGAUGAUGUGUGAUCACGCUGGAUGUUGGCGUUAGCUGAUCGUGUGAGUAGAAGAUGAGGAUUUUUGGAACGUACAACCGGAGGCCUGAGACCACACUGCACGACCAGUACUGAAUUUGGAAUUCUUUUCCGUUUCUCUGACAUUUUAUUUUUCACUGAGAGGUUUUUUUUUUUGUUCUUCUCCAUGUUUCACACUCUGAUACAUCGGGCACAAGGAUAGAAAUUAACUGUGGGAAGAAAAAAAAAAAAAAAAAAAAGACUUGUGAAACAAACGCUCACUGUGAGUUCUAUGGGAACUGCCAAGUCAGAAAACCGACCACUUCUGUUUUUUGUCCCAUAUAAUGUAUAUUGAUUGAUGUUUAUAUGUAUGCUUCUUAUGGCAUUUGGUCAGUGAUUAACAAACUACAAGUCACGGAUUGAUCGAGCCAGAGAACUUACUUCAAGUUACAGACAGACAGAGCAGUAGAGGGAAUUCUUUGAGUGUGUCCUGUCCAAUAGUGCCAAGAAGACUGGGAAACCAGUUCCUCCACAGAGAAGGUGCACCUCUAAAGACUAGGGAAUAGGCUGCCAUUUUUGACACGUUUCCGCGUGUCCAUUCCAGCACUCAUGUUUAUAGUUUGACACAAUAUUCCUAUCUAUGCACACACAGAAACGGGCCGCCAAGCUGACUGUCGAGCUCAAUAGUUCUCAUCUCAAUAUUCUGUUGUUUUUCUGAAUGACCACUCACCUAUGCUUUGUUGCGUUCUUUCAGGGGCUUUUCAAACAUUUCCCAUUGUGCCCUUGAAUAUUCCUAUACAACAUUUUAGUUUUUUUGAGUAGUGUUAAUUCUGUACAUUUUACAUUUGGUUCAGGAGUUAAUGUGGUUUUGAUGUCCACUGAAAAUAUCUAUACAAACGACUCUAAAGGAAUCUGCGACCUCUCAUUAGUGUAGGUGUACAGGAGAGAGGUUUUACACAGGCUACAUUAUAAUUUCUUCUUUCUUUUUUAUUUUAAAUAGACCACUUUGUAUUUAACAAUAUUUUUAUAUUUAGGAGUUGUUCACUCUGACACACUAUGUAACAUUAUUGAUAAUUGAAUAUUGAUUGAAUAUUAAUCAUUGUCAGGUGAGAUUAAUAAUUUGAUCACAACACUUUAUAAAAUAAUCCCUGUUGAUCACUACAUGCAUGAAACAGAUUCACUGCUCGAUGUUUUAUGACCAUGAAAUUAACGUACUUGUUGUUAUUAAGUGCUGUUUUAAUCCUGUGGAUUUCAGUGAAAAAGGAACUCGGCAGAGAUUAAGGGUGUGACAAAACUGUUGUAGGUUAAUACCACCAACCUCUCCAUGCCUGCAGCCUUGACCACCUUAUUCGAAGGGCAAGUCUACCUUGAGGGUCGAAAACGAAUGCGAAGUAUAGGCCAGAAAUGUGCUACUACACCAGUCAUUCAGCAUGGCAAAUGUUAGGGCAGUGGGUUAUGGGAAGUGUUAAGGAAGUAGAACUCCACUAACAUCGUUUUGUACAUAUAACUGUGGCCAAAUAGCCACUUUCCAGUACAGAGACGGUCAUUACUUACAGAGCUCCUAAACCCAUUCCAGGAACCAUCAGAAUUUGUCCAAUAAGAAACAACGAGACAUUUUCCUUUUCUGUUUCAAAACACGUUGCUACAUGUUGAGACGCUGGGCACGAAGGAAUACGAACCUGAGAAUGGAUGAGACAUGGCGGUUGUAUUAUCUUUCCUGGUCUAGUUUAACUUUGUACAGAUCUGUUGUUAAUCAUAACACUAUUAAAUGAUGGCACUUAA